CUCUGUUUCAUAUUUAGCCCAAAGCAAAGCUGAGUUGCAUUGCGUUGCAUGUUCAAUGGCUCAAAUUCAAUUACUAUCCCCUGGGUUCUCUGAAGCUCUCAAAUUCCAAAACCCAUUACCAAAUGGGUGCUCAAGAAGCCCACGGCGCAUGUUAGUUAAGACCAGCAGCAGUCUAUCUUUGAUGGGUCAUGGCGGGAGGAGGCCAAGAGGCUUUGGCAGGGUCAGAGUGGCAACCGGAGGCUCACCUUCAACUGACGCAGUGGCUGAUGACUAUUACUCGGUCUUGGGAUUGCUUCCAGAUGCCACACCUGCACAAAUAAAAAAGGCCUAUUAUAAUUGUAUGAAAGCUUGCCAUCCGGAUUUGAGUGGUGAUGAUCCAGAGACCACAAAUUUCUGCAUGUUCAUUAAUGAGGUCUACGAGGUGCUCAGUGACCCCGUGCAACGAAUGGUUUACGACGAAAUUCAUGGUUAUGCAUUGACGGCAGUCAAUCCUUUCCUUGAUGACUCAACAACAAGGGAUCAUGCAUUUGUUGAUGAGUUCAGCUGCAUAGGCUGCAAAAAUUGUGCCAAUGUGGCCCCGGAUGUCUUUGGAACAAUUGAUAGUUGUCCUGUUGAUUGCAUUCAUUGGACUUCUGCUGCACAACUAUCAUUGCUGGAAGAUGAAAUGCGCAGAGUAGAAAGAGUAAAUGUCGCACUGAUGCUUGCAGGUAUGGGCUCAUCAGCGGAUGUUUUCAGAAUGGCAAGUGCUCGGUGGCAAAAGAGGCAAUCAAAAGUCUUGGAACAAGCUAAAAUGAGGAUGAUGAAUCAGAAGGAUUCAGAUAAAACAGAAUCAUACUGGGACAACAUUUGGGGCAACACCAAGGACAACCGAAAUUCAGAGGAGGAAGUGAAAGAAAGAGCGAAGAGAACUGCAGCAGCGGCUCGUAGAUGGAGAGAGUACUCAAGGAGGGGUGCUGAUAAGCCUCCUAGCUAUAAACUUCCGGAGGCAAUCUCCAACACGGAUAAGUGACCAUUAAUCUUUCAACACCAUUAAUAUUUUUACCAUAAAAUGUAAUUAUUUUAUAGCCUAUACGUCAAUAUACAUUCAUGUAAAAUUCGAAGUGACCUUAGAUCUGUAUAAUCAGUAUAGAUGCUAUCAUUUACAAUAAAUUGAUCUAUAAGUUAAAA